CAGUCCCACCGCUUUCUACGGACGGACUCGGAGAAAUUCUGUGUCCCGCGUCUAUACACGCAUGUGACGUGCACCUCUCUCGUUCUGAGUUUGAUCCUGACCUACUGGGUCUUAUCUGCUCCUACUAGGAGCAUUACACGUUACACUUUGAAGCGCUCUGCUGCCGCCGCUUGUUAUGGAUGUCCAUGGUAUUGUUGCACUUGACGAGCAGUCGAAUCUUUCAAAAUGGAUUUACGAUGCCAGUCAACAUCCUUUUACUGAUUUAACUAUGUACCCACAUCAGGUCGGUGGUCAUGGAACUCAUGGGAAAGAAAGCGGUGUUCGAUACUCAAGUAAAAGCGCCACCGUGUUCAAACCUGUUCAAAAAUAUCCCAAAGGGCUCCAUGAGGUGCAGCUCUAUCGAAAUGUAUUCGCUCCCGAUUGUACGAAUCCUACUUUACUUGACUUGCGCUCUUUCUUGCCCAAAUGUGAAGGUUUAUAUCGGGAUCCAAUAACAACCAAAACGUAUCUAUGCCUGAAGGACGUUCUUGUCGGAAUCCGUCGACCGACAGUCUGUGAUAUAAAAAUUGGUCAAAGGACUUAUGCACCGGAUGCACCAGCGGAAAAAAUUGCCGUGGAGCGGUCAAAGUACAAAUGGCAGACGGAUUUAGGAUUCUGCAUCACCGGUAUGAAGGUGUACCACCCAGCGUCAUGCACGCCUAUCUAUUUGGAUCGAUAUUAUGGGCGUUCACUGAGUCCGGACACUGUUUACGAACAUGGUGUUCGUCUCUUUCUUGGUUCCGACCUCACCCGUUCCCGCCGUCUUGCUCGUGCCUUUGUGAGCCGGUUGAAUCAGUUAGCUGAAUGGUUUGAACGCCAACACAAGCUCUCCUUUUAUGCCAGUUCACUCCUCCUUGCAUAUGAGAGCACCACCCACUCCGACGACUCCUCAAAUGGUCUGGUCACAUUGGACGAUUCCAAAGAACACGUAGUCGCCUACCUAAUUGACUUCACGCGAUGGCGCCCUUUGUUCGGCGGGGCGCGGGAUGAAAACUUUUUAUAUGGGCUCAGGAGACUCAUGGAAUUGCUUCAGAGAGCUUCUACUGACACAAGCGCUUCAGUUGCCUGUGAUUACGCAUCACAGAGAAGCAGCUGCUACGAUUACUGUUUUCUAUAGGCAGUGAUCGAUUGCUUUCACAGCUGCGCACUUCUUUUUAAUGGAGCUUCUGCGUGAUACAGCCAUGUGAGCUUUUUAUUUUUGUAUCUACUUUUCUUUUUUGUUUUCUUAAUUAUCAACUUUUACUGUGCCUUUGUCAAUUUAAGUAUAUUUUAACUUCGGAUGCGAUUAUCCUGCUGGCUAUUCACUUUUUAUUUGCAACAAUACCAGCUUACAAUUCGAAGUUGAACCGAAUGGACUGGGCCUUAACGUGGUGCUACGGUUUGCGUACCUCUUCGACCCAUUGAGCUAUACCAGGGGACUCUUACGCUCCUUAGAAGCUAUUUUUAUCAGGUUUGCCAAAGGGGUUACAGGUCAGACGAACGCAGGCUCCGGGUCCUCCAGGUUGGAAAUUCGAAAGAGGAUAGCGUCCAUUUCUGUAAAACCGUAUCGUUGCCACAUCCGCUGCAUUGCAGACAGGCUAUCAUUACUUAUGGCUUCGGUUGAGGACCAUACUCGCUUUCCUGUCUAGGUCUGGGCGCCGUGACAGUAUCUUAGCCCAUGUACAACCAGAACUACUUCUUAAAACUUUAACCAUAUCCUGCAUCGGCUGUCGCACAGCUUAUCAAAGGUCGCCUUCUCUGCUGUAAACAGCAGGGCGGAUAAACGAAAACAUCCUACUG